AUGGAGCUGCUGCUGGAGCAGUUGGAACGCUUCGCUGAGGUGGUAGCGGUGUCCCGUACGCGCCAUGCGGGCAGUUGGGGGCGCGUGGCCGUGCGCCGCGCCCUGCGCUGGGCCCGCUACCUGCGGCACGUGCACGGGCGCUUCCGCCAUCGCGGCGCUGUGCGGGCGGCGCUGGUGGAGAGGCUACGCAGCCUGCCGCUGCGGCCUGGCCCCGGGGGUGGGAACGCGGCGCACGCGGGACCUUGCUGGGCGCCGGGGCCGCUGCGGAGCUUCGCGGGCCUGGGACGCGGGGACCAGCUGCUGGCGCUGGGGCUGCUCGAGAACGCGGCGCUGCCGGGCCCCGCGCUACACGAGCUGCUGCGGCACCUGCAGCCCGAGCGCGGGGAGCCCGAGGACGAGGCGGGCGAAGAGGGCGGGCUGGGAGACCGCCUGGCCGAGCUGGCUCGCCGCAGGGCCGCCUCCCAGCUGCUGCUGCCGCUGCUCGGCGCCAGCCCGCCCUGGUCUGACCCCGUGCUGCGGAGAACCGAGGCCGAGCUGCUGCUACGGCGGCUCCGAGAAGAGGCCAGGGCUGCGCCCGGCUCCGAGACCCUGCUCCUGGACCGCCUGUGGGUGCAGCUGCCCCAGCCCCGCUGGCUGAAUGUGGUGGCCGAAGCGCUGCUGCUGCCGCUCACGGCCCAGCCCGACGGGCAUGAGGACGAGGAUCCAGAUGAAGAGGACCCAGCGAGCCCAGUGGACCUCAGCCAUAGUGCCGCUACCUCCCUGCUGACCUGGCUCCUGGCAAGGCCCGCCCCACUGGCCGCCUUCUGCCGCCUUCUACCCGCCCCCCUUCUCGCCUCCCUAGCCAGCCACCACUCCUCCCUGGGCGAAGCCUUCCUGGACCUGCUCAGGGACUGGGGCAGCCAGCUCCACUUCGAUCCAGUGCAGGGCGCCUGGGUCGGGGCUGGCCCGGAGGGACUGACCUGGGAGCGCCUCCGGGACUGCUUCCGAGGCUUCUGCCAAUCCCCAAGUCCCCUAAGAAACCAGGCUCGGGCCGUCCUGGACGCCUGCAAGGCUCGGGACGGAGGCUUCGAAGCUCAAGGGCUCAGUGUAUGGACUGACCUGAUGCGAGACAUUGGAGAGGGCGGAGGAUGCUGAGACCAGGGGGGAGAUGCCCCAGGUUCUGGACUUAGUGUCCGGGCCCACAGUGACCUCGGCCUUUGAACUCUAGUUUGUGCUCUCACUGUUUACAUGAACUGAAACCGGCCCUUCAUCCUGAAUGUACACAUUGGGGGAACAGUGCCCCCCAUCUAGACAGCCUGGUCAGCCCCAGAGUGGCUUUAGCCUUUCAACUCAAGGAGGUGUCCUCACAGUUUACAAGAACUGGACAUUCAUGUUGAAUAUACAAGUCUGGAUAUACACAGUAGUGCAAAAGUUAUCCCCAAUACUCUAAAAAAAGUCAAAAUCCUAGUAAACUCAUUCUUUACCGGCACCUUCCAUAAAUUAAAAAUGCCUUUUACUGUUACUAUAUAAUAUUUGCCAAAGAAUAGUCUGUUUGAAAUGACUAAAUGGGCCUUUCCUUUCUGUGCUUAUUUAAGUGUUUUCCUUUACA